AUGGUGUUCCAAUGUUCCGAUAAAAUUUCGACUUGUACGAGCAUUGCGUUGUGUGAUCAGCCGUCUGGGGCGGUGCCGCCACCCCUCUGUGUUCGCUGGACGACCACCGCGGGAGAGCGAGCCCCCGGUCCGGUGUCGGACCGACCUGUCAACAAACAGACUCGGAACGCUCUGUGCGGCAGUACGUGCGCCGCCGUUGGUACCGAGACUAGAAACGUCCAUCUGCCGGUCAAAACUGGACUGCGGCCGACGGGAACUCCAGCUCUCUCCCAGGCGCGCCUGGGAGCUCGCGGGUUGGUGAACCAGCCUGAUUGGGAAUCUCCGGCGGCCUCACACCUGGACGAAAGUCUUAUUCCAGGUCCACCAAAGACGGCUGGUUCGCCGAUGGCGGCCCGGCCGCUCCAACACACCACCGGGACCCGCCACAGGAGUCGUCUUACCAGGUGGGUCGGUGCACCGAUGUGA